CCAAACCUCGGGCGCAUUUCAGGAGGGAGUUGAUCGUCAGCGUGUACGCCGUCGCGUACGGUCAAGAGUUCGCUUGACGCGCCGCCUCACCUCGAGUUGCGUGGGUUGCUGCCCUUGACCUGUGCCGUCGCUUCCAUCGCGCCACCCAAGCCGGGGUAAGCGCAGCAGGUGGCGGCAGCGAGAAUGGGGAAGAUGGGGCCGCCACCGGAGCACAGGGAGGGCUCCGCGCUGCUCGCGCACGUCGCGGACCACGCGGCGGACGGCGGAGGCGAGGGCGCUGGCUGGGGCGGCGGGAGGGUCGCGGAGACGGCGAGAGGGUCAGCGGGGGACGCGGCGACUAGCGGAGCGGAGCUGCGCGUGCUGGAGUUCUACAGCGGCAUUGGCGGGCUGCGGUACGGGCUGCAGUGCCCCGGCGUGGUGGCGGCGCACGUGGCGGCGCGCGUGGUGGCGGCGUUCGACAUCAACGAGGUGGCGAACGACGUGUACCAGCACAACUUCCACCACCGCCCCAAACAGGGCAACGUGCAGACCAUGUCAGCAGCAGCGCUGGACGCGUGGCGGGCACACGCAUGGCUCAUGUCGCCGCCCUGCCAGCCGUACACGCGGCAAGGGCUGCGGCGCGACUGCGAGGACGGGCGUGCGACGUCAUUCCUGGCGCUGCUGCAGCGCCUGCCGCACAUGCAGCACCCGCCGCUCUUCAUCCUCGUUGAAAACGUGCUCGGCUUCGAGUCGUCUCGCACGCGGCAUGAGCUGGUGCGCGUGCUGGCGGGCACGGGCUUCCUCUCGCUGCAGGAGUUCCUGCUCUCGCCCACCGACCUCGCCCUGCCCUACUCGCGCCCCAGAUACUUCUGCCUUGCCAAGCGCCCCACCCCUCUGGCCGCCGCCCUCUGCCACUCUCUGCCCAGUAACCCGCACUGCCCCUCUCCCUCCCCUGCUGCUGCGACGCUGGCUGACUCGGGCACAAACGAGGCCGUGGGGAGCACAGUGCGGAGUGGAAGCGGGGAGGUGGGGCAGGCAGGCCAAGAGGCGGAGGGCAUGGGGGAAGGGGACGAGGUGGGGGAGGAAGCGAGCUGUGAUGGCGUGGUGGGGGCCGCACAGGUGCUGGGGUGGCGUGACCUGCUGUUUCUGUGCCCAGACGUUGAAGGGGGGGAGUGGAGAGUGCAGGAGGCGGCAAGACAGGCUGAGGAUGGGGGAGAGGAUGGGUGCAGUGAGGAGGGUGGUGGUGGUGGCAGCAGUGGUGACGGUGCACGGCAUGCGUCUCACCAUGGCUUGAAGCCUCGGUGCAUUGGGGACUUUAUUGAUCUGCAACCUGAUGCUGCUGACGCCGGUGCUGCGGACGCCGGUGCUGCUGACGCCGGUGCUGCUGACGCCGGUGCUGCUGACGCCGGUGCUGCUGACGCCUGUGCUGCGGACGCCGGUGGCGGCAGCACGCCAUGUGUGUCGGAGGCACAGGCACCAUCACCUGAGCCCAGCACAUCUCCGUGGAAGCCCUACUGUGUGCCUCAUGACGUGCGCCAGCGAUGGGGGGAAUGCUUUGACAUAGUGACGGCGGGGUCGCAGCGCUGCUGCUGCUUCACCAAGAGCUACACCAAGUACGCCAAGGGCACGGGCUCAGUGCUGCUCACUCAGGAGGAAGAGCUGACGACACGAGUGCCAACAGCAGCAGCAGCGCCAGAAUGCGCAUCCGAAGGCCACUGUGAUCCCAGCAGCCAUGCCCUGAGUGAGCAACAGAGCCGGGAGGAAGAGCAGCAGUGUGUGCGAUUCAAUGGUGUCCCUCUCACUCAACUUCCACUGCGCUACUUCACACCAAGAGAGGUGGCCAACCUACACAGCUUCCCGCGCACUUUUACCUUCCCAUCACAUGUGACCAUGAAGCAAAGGUACGCUCUCCUGGGCAACAGUGUGAGUGUUGCUGUCGUCGCACAUCUCCUUCGCCAUCUCCUGACUACCCACUCAUAAUCGCAAUGUACAUCCGAUUACAAUGUUCUGUAACACAAAUUGUUCGUUAGCCAUUGUUAAGCAGUUCAAGUCUCUUGGUGUAGGGGUUGUGGUCAUCAUACUGCCAUGUGAU